AGGAAAUGGCAGAAAUUAUGGAUGAAGGCAAUGUUUCCAUUAAAGAAAAAAUCUCCACUGAUGAGGAUUCUUGUUCUGUAAACGUAACGAAAGAAGAUGUAAAAGAUGAAACUUGUGGUAUGGUUGUCAAGAUUGAAGAAGUUUCCCUUUUCCCUCAUCAAAAAAGACUUAAAAUGAGUAAGCUGAGAGAUAAAAGCGGUAAAAGUUAUCCUUGUGGGAAAUGUGAUUAUGUGGCAACUCAGUCAAGUAAUUUAAAGACACAUAUUCGAAGUAAACAUGAAGGAGUGAGAUAUCCAUGUGAUCAGUGUGAAUAUCUUGCUACUAAAGUACAAAGUCUUAAGAAACAUAUUAAAAAUAUUCAUGAAGGAGUAAAAUAUCCGUGUUGCCAGUGUAUGUAUGCUGCAACCGACCCAAGUAUUCUAAGGAAUCAUAUUAAAGCUAAACAUGAAGGAGUGAGAUAUCACUGUGAUCAGUGUGAAUAUGUUGCUACUAGUGUACAGAAUCUGAAGUUACAUGUUGCAUCUAAACAUGAAGGAGUGCGAUAUCCAUGCAAGCAAUGUGAUCACGCUGCCACUACAGUAAGUAAUCUGAAGAUACACAUUGAAAUUAAACAUGAACGAGUUAGAUAUCCCUGUAAUCAGUGUGAAUACGUUGCUACUCAAGGAGGUGUUCUUAAGAUACAUAUUCAAAAUAAACAUGAAGGAGUGAGAUUUCCGUGCAGCCAGUGUAUGUAUACUGCAAGUGAACCAAGUACUCUUAGGAGACAUAUUAAAACUAAACAUGAAGGAGUAAGAUAUCCUUGCGAUCAAUGUGAUUACGCUGCCACUAGAGCAAGAAGUCUGAAAAAACAUAUUGAAUCUAAACAUGAAGGAGUAAGAUAUCCAUGCAAGCAAUGUGAGUAUGCUGCCACUACACCAGGUGAUCUGAAGAUACAUCAUGAAAGUAAACACGAAGGAGUAAGAUAUCUUUGCGAUCAAUGUGAAUACUUUGCCAUUAACGCAAGUAUAUUGAGGACACACAUUAAAUCUAAACAUGAAGGAGUUAGAUAUCCAUGUUCUCAUUGUGAAUACGCUGGCACUAGAGCAAGUGAUCUCAAGAAACACAUUAAAUCUAUACAUGAAGAAGUGCAACUAAUGUGAUUAUGUUGCCACUAAAGCAAGAAUUCUGAUAUGAAAGAAUGAAAUAUCCCUGCGAUCAGUGUGAAUACGUUGCCACCAAAUCCUGUCAGAUAAAACUCACCAAAAAAGAAAACAUGAUAAUUAACAAGGGCUUUGCAUUGUAAACUAUGACUUCUCUUCUAUUGAUAAAUUCUCUCAUUAUUGAAUUAAUCUUUUUUUCUGAGCUGUGAACUUUUGAAUGGUGGAUAUCUGGAUUAAUGCUUGAUCCACACUUUUUCUUAAUCUCGACGCUUGUAUAAAGAAAUCCAAGUUUUCAGCUCUGAUUGCAUUUUUUUGAUAUCAAAACCCAACUGUGUUCACCCGCUCCCCUCAUUAUUCUAUUUUCUUAAGUAAUAUUUUUAUCAUUUUAAAAUUUUUCAGGAAACUUUUUCUCUGACAAAUUUUAUCCUUGAAAAAAUAGAAAUUAAAAAUAUUUUUUUUAAAUUUUAUGAAAUAACAAUUAUCAUGCUAAACUUUUAUGGAAAGAUAUUUGUAUAAUUCUAUAUAAACCUUUUUUUUAAAAAUAUUUUUAUAAAUAUUUUUGACCAAACUGUUUACAACAAUUUUGUUGUCAUUGGAAAUGCAGAACAAAUAAAUCAUGUCUGCAGUGAAUUUUUUUUUUAGA